AUGUCCUCGGUUAACCACUCAAACUCGAAGAGACCCCCCAUCAAUGGCAUCUCUAUCUCCGUACUCCGAGAAAAUGGUUUACGCCGUGACCAACCAACCACCCCUACAACUCCAACAACGCCAACAACGCCGACAAGACAAACAUCUUCCCCGGCACGCAAGAAAGGUGUAAAAGACUUUGAAUUUGGUAGAACCCUUGGUGAAGGAUCUUAUUCAACUGUUGUAGCCGCCAGGGACCGUGCAACACAACGAGAAUAUGCCAUUAAAAUACUGGACAAGAAACAUAUAAUCAAAGAGAAGAAGGUUAAAUAUGUAAAUAUAGAGAAAAAUACUUUAAAUAAAAUGAAUCAUCCAGGAAUAAUUCGUCUAUACUACACCUUUCAAGAUAAGGAUAGUCUAUAUUUUGUGCUGGAUCAUGCAAAAAACGGCGAAUUAUUGACAUUCAUAAAGAAGCUCGGAUCUUUUGAUCUUAAUUGUACGCGAUUUUACGCAGCACAAAUAUUAUCAGCAAUAGAAUACAUGCAUAAUCAAGGAGUCAUUCAUAGAGAUUUAAAACCGGAAAAUAUUCUAUUGGAUGAGAAAAUGCACAUCAAAGUAACAGAUUUUGGAACAGCUAAGAUUUUAGAGCAAAACAGUGAUGGAAAAGAAGACGAUCGAGCAAAUUCGUUCGUGGGGACAGCUGAAUAUGUUAGUCCAGAAUUACUUAAGGAAAAAGCCGCUUGUAAAAGUUCAGAUUUUUGGGCUCUAGGUUGUAUUGUAUAUCAAUUAAUUGCAGGUCGACCUCCAUUCAAAGGAUCCAAUGAAUUUAUAACUUUCCAAAAAAUUAUAAAUCUGGAUUACACCUUCCCUGAAGGAUUUCCCACCGUAGCCAGAGAUCUUGUUGAAAAUUUAUGGCAACAACCUCCGCCUCGGUUGUUGCCAUAUUUACCACCAAAUCCAAAUCACAAUAAAGAGGAACUUCGAACUCCUUCUACCAUGUAUCUGCAAAAGCUUUCUACAAAUAGUAGUGGCGAGAAUACUACUAGUACUGGACUUAAACAACGUGAUCCUUUUCGACUUGAGAGUUGGGCUAGUGGAGUGGAUGGACCAACAGAAAAAGUGGAUCCAGUAAAAGCGCAAAAACUAGAAGAACAAAAACGAACUUCCUCGCAAUGCUUUUGCUUGACCUUUUUGUUUUGGCUUCAUGACAAUCAUUGUCAUGAAAAACCAUUAUCACCUUCCUCACCGAUAAAAACUAUUCUAUCAAGGAUUCCGUUUCUAUUUAAAUCUGAACUAAUUCUUCGCGCCGGUCCUAUCAACAAACGCAAAGGGUUUUUCACCAAACGGCGUCUAUUGAUAUUGACGGACUUGCCGAGGUUAAUUUACUUUGAUCAAGAGAAAAUGUCGCAAAAGGGUGAGAUAUAUUGGAGUUCAAGAAUGGUCGUGGAAUUAAAGAACAAGAAAAACUUCUUUAUACAUACGCCACGGAAAACUUUUUAUUUUGAAGAUCCUAAUGCGACAGCUCAUGAAUGGUCGGCACCAGUUGAAACAGUAUAUGCAUUACAUACGUUUGAAGCGGAAAACCCAGACGAGGUUCCCUUUGAAGCAGGAGAACCGAUAAUUGUUCUGGAAAAGGAUGAUAUGUUUGGGGAUGGCUGGUGGCAGGCAAUUAUUUAUUCCUUCAUCAUGUUCUUGUCAAGCGGACAAAAUGUUCAUGGACAAAUAGGACUUUUUCCGAGAAAUUAUACUAGUUAUGAGAGACCAGCAUCAGCAUAUUUUCUCUCGCGCCCUACCACCAUGACGUCGUACACCGAGCAAAGUAAUGAUUAUCAAAAUUCACAAUCUCGAUCAGGUGCAGGAAUGCUACGUGCUUAUAGUCCUGCAAAUACUAUCAGUACUAUAAGCACUCUUACCACUAUCACUAAUGGUCAAGGCAAUACAGUAGUGUCACGACCUGCCUCACACGUUACCACCCCACCAUCACCGACACCGUCUUCCGAUAUACUUCCUCAUAAUAAUGACGAUUCUGGUGGAUUGAUUCCUCAGUCUGAUACCUUAAAUAACAAUGAAUAUUUGAAUGCUCAACACCAUUCAACAAAAAAUCACACUAAUGUUAAUGAAAUAGAAGAUAAUACUAAUGUCGUUAUUCAUAAUGACAAUGAUGUUCUUAACAAUAACGAGGAUGAUGAUGAAUACAACAGUAACAUUAUUAAUAAUAAUGAGACGAUUGGGAACGAUGAAUUACUAGAUGUCAAUAAUAGACCUCCGAGUGAAAUUCGACCUCCAAUUCAAAAUCAACAACAAAUUAACAAUGAUGAAGCUCAACAAUCAUCCCCAUUACUGCAAAACCAACAGCAACAAGUAAAGGAACAAACUACAGAUGAUCAACCAAGUGAGACUGAGUUUAACAGAAAGAUGAGUGCGACAUCGGUUCUGUCAUCAUCAUCGUCAAAUUAUGAUGUCAAAUCUAAUCCCAGAACAUCAGUAAUUGGCGACGAGGUUAAAUCUGAUCCUAGAGCGUCAUUGAUGAGUAAUCAUCCAUCAAACUGGGAUGUAGAAAAAGUUUGUGGUUGGUUACAAGAGAAAGGUUUCAACUCUUUAGUACAUCAAUUCAUUGAAAAUGACAUCACUGGUGAUGUCCUCUUAGAGCUUUCUUUAGUCACAUUAAAAGAACUAAACAUUAUGUCUUUUGGUAAAAGGGUCAAGAUAAUGAAUGCAAUCGCUGAAUUAAAAGUUCAAUAUAAUAUAGUUGAUGAACCAGAUCCGCGGAAAGAUCCUAUGGAAGAGUCUCGAUCUCUCCUAUCUAAUCGUCGUAUGGAUUCAUCAACAGCAGCCAAUUCUAAUACACCGAUUAUUCAUAAAACAAGUACGAUGUACGCUCAAAGUAACACAAACAAUAAAAAAAAUAGUGAUCAUAAUAGUAACAAUUUUAUGGGCUUUCCUUCUCGCCAUUCAGUCGCUGUUGCUGGAAGCCAUAGUAGCAAUAAUGAUGGAGGGGAAGAUGGUUCAAUACCACGUCCACCUUCUCCACGUGCUUUAACAAAUAGUUUGUAUAAUGCUCCUGUUUAUCUAAAUAAAUCUCACAGUACAAGCACAGUAUUCUCGGAUCAUCCCGAGUAUAAUAUGAAAAAAACUACGUAUAGUAUUAUACCAGAAAUGCCACUUCCCGAGGAAGAAGAUUCAAGAGAUAGAGCUGAUGUCAGCAGUAUAUAUACGAAUGGUCCUAAUGGAAAUAAUAAAGCACGCACUAGAAUGUUCUCACGUCUUGGUUAUUUUAAACAAAAUGGCCAUAAUAAAACAUUAUCAAUGGGAUCCUCUUCCCCUCAACAUGCGCGUUCACCAUCAACACGUGGAUGGGAUUUCUUAUUAGCAGAAGAGGAGGAUGCGAUUAAAGAGUUGGAAAGAAUCGAAAGAGAAAUGGAAUCUCAAAGACGUGAAUCACGUGAAUCACAUUUAAAGAAUAAAUCAUCUAACAAUUCUCGUGCACUUGUCAAAGUUGAGAAUUCGAGAAAAAAAUUUCACACGUCUGCUCCUGUUCCACCAAAGAAAAAUACCGUGGAACGAAACAGUAUUCUGAUAGAUGCCAAACGGUCUAUGGACUUCGGAAGUUCUGAAUUACGUCCUGCACCACCAGUUCCUAACAGGAUGACACGUUCCUUCAGCGCUGAUGGAACAGAUGAUGAAAUCUUAGCAUCUAUCGGUGUCCCGGAUCACGAAGGAUGGUUGAAAAAACAAGGAGAAAAAUACAAGACGUGGAAAACACGAUUCUGUAUUUUGAAGGGUGUUUAUCUCUUUUACUUAAAGAGUGAUAAAAUAGGUUCUUUGGGAUCCCGAGAUCCGAGAAUAAAAGGACGCAUAAAUCUCUCUGGUUACAAAAUUAUACCAGAUGAAAAUAUUUAUCCCGGAAAAUAUGGAUUCCGUGCGGUUCAUGAGACCGAACGAAUGUAUCUUUUUGCUCAUGAUGACGCAGAUAAAACAAAAGAAUGGAUGAAAGCAAUGAUGAAGGCAACGAUUACUAGGGAUAUGACUGCUCCUGUAAUAUCAUCAUGCAAUAUUCAAACAGUGCCAUUACCUGUGGCUCAAAAAAUGAAUCCACGACCAUCAUUUACACGUCCUUCAUCAGUCAGCUCAGAGUAUCAAAAUAAUGCAGCACGCAAUAAUUUAUCAUCACCGCUUCCACCACAUCCGCCUUUUCCACGUAGCAUGUCAACAGCAAGUAGUCGCAGUCAAUUAAUACAACAAUCACAAGUGCCACAUCCUUCUCAUCAACCAUUGACAGCAUUGAUAUAUCAAUCAUCAAAUGUUAAUGCGCCUCCAAUUGCUGCCACUGAUGCUAGUAUUGACGGAUCAAUAAUGUCUUCAUCUUCGUCACUUCAUAUGCAGCCACCACCGCCACAUCCCAUACAUUCACGUGGAACAAUCAAUGCAGCUUUAAUAGGGAAAAAAAUUUAUUAUAUUGGUGGAAGAACAGAAUCUCCUAUAAACGCCAAUGCAUUUCUAUUAGAUUUAUCAUCAGACUUUACUGCAACUAAUCCAAAUUUUAUUCAAGUUUCUGGACUUGAAAAUAUGCCAUCACCUGUUUGGACUGCUGCUUGUUUGGGAAAAGAUAAUACUAUUUAUAUAUUCGGUGGAACUAAUGCUUCACAAUCGUCUUUACCAAAAGUAAACACAUUAUACACAAUAAGGUUAUCCGAUGACACUUACCUUAAUUGGACACCAUCUUCACCUAAUCAAGGAGACACGUGGCCAAGUGCACGAGAUGGAAUAGUUCCAAUUAUUGAUAAUUUUUCGAGAAUUUUCGUAUGGGGUGGACGUAAUGAAGGUCAAGAUAAUACAACAACGUAUAUAUUUGAAUCGAAUAGUUGGAAAAGCUAUAAUUUAGCAAAUACACCGAACCCAAGAUCAUCUUAUUCGGCUACAUUAUUAAAUGAUGGUCGAAUUAUUUAUAUCGGUGGACUUAGUAGGAAUCCAUACCCAGAUGUUAAUUUUUUAGAGAUAUCCACAAGUAACAGACCAAUAAAAAAUCGAGCUUUCCAUUCAGCAUUACUUCACCCAGAUUCCAUUUCUAUUAUUAUGUAUGGAGGACUUUACUAUCCUACCGAAGAAAUACCCGAUUCUGACUCGGUAUGGAUAUUGAAUACCAAAACUUGGACGUGGUCCCAGCCAUCAGUUACUAGCUUACCUUACCUUAUUGUGACAAGAGGUCACACUGCAAUUAUGUAUGAUGGAUAUAUGAUUAUAGCUUUUGGAGUAUAUGGAAAUUAUUCUUAUACAUCUCAAGUAAAAAUCAUGGAUGUGAUGAAUUUAAGUUCAUUGGCUUGGGUUCCCACUUACAAAUUUAGAACAAACACAACCAUUCCUACCAAUUCAACAAGUACAAUCAAUACAGUUACUUCAACUGAAACUAUUGAGGACCCAAACAAAAUAAAAAAUAAUCUUGGGGUAAUUCUUGGUGCCGUAAUCGGUAGUAGUGUUGCUACAAUUGCUUUUGUUGCUGUUUUGAUAAUUUUUAUACGUCGAAAACGUGUACCCAGUCAACCAGGAAUUCCAACCAAAGUUCAGGAUCCAGGUUUUAGUCAAUAUAACUUGCUUGGUCAACAAACAGCUACGUAUCCUCAACAAUCUAAUUCGAACUUGCCAUAUAACACUAAUCCAAAUCUGCCAGCAAAUCAAUAUCCUCCAAAUCUGCCAGCAAAUCAAUAUCCUUCAAAUUUAGCGGAAAUUCCAAAUCCGCCAGCAAAUCAAUAUUCAAAUUUAGCAGAAAUUAAUCCAAAUCCAACAGCAAACCAAUAUUUAUAUUCAGGUCCUAGGUGA